GGUUACCGAAACCAAUGCCAUCGUGUAAUCGACAUUGCUACCUCUUCACCGUGGAUCAAGGUGAGGUGGUUUUGUUACAUGCCCCAAACACUCCUUCGCAGCGACUGAUACCCAUAACGGCGGACGCGUAUAGUCGACUCGAUACAUUGGCCGGAGUCAGUAAUGCGCCCGACGCGCAGGGAAUUAUUUUGCCAAAUGGAAGAGUGCGGCAUGGAUCCCAGCUAAACGUUUCUUGCCACAGUGGGUUUGAGCUGGCCGGCUCACAACCUUCGACAACCACGUGUACUGACGGCGUAUGGAGCUUUCGAAUCAAAUGCAUUCCUGCAUCCUGCAGGACCCGGCCACCAGCAGCAAGAGGUGCUCGCGUUCGAUUUUACAGUCUCCAACACAAUAGUAGAGCCCGCUAUGAAUGUUUCGCUGGUCGACAGCUGCGAGUAGAAAAAGCUUUGAGAAUGUCUGCUUUAAUGACCCCACCUGAUACUGUCCGGGAUCCACUGGGAACGGUCCGAUGUUUGCACGGUCAUUGGAUGGGAACUCCAGUCUACUGCGAACCAAUUACGUGCCCGGAGUUAACCGUUGAAAAGGGGAUAAGAGUCGAGUUGAAGAGAAUCGGCGCAGAAGGCCACAACGACGUAGCUCGGCCCACCCAUGGAACUUUGGCCAUAUUCCGUUGUCCACCAGGAUUUCAUAUUACUGGAACACCGUAUUCCGUAUGUCAAGUCGGAAACUGGACCCCACCGGUUAACCCAAAAUGCACUGAAACCACACACUUAGUGAUACCAACUGAAUGGCUGUUUCGACGACCAUGA